UUCGGCAGUGUCGCUGAGGCGUGUACGGAGCGCGGCCCCCGCACCCCGUGCCUUUCCCUCUCCACCCGCCAAACCCUGUGCCUUUCCCUUUCCAUCGCGCCGCUUAAGCGCGAGUCGGGGCAAUCCAAAAGCCCCGACAGGUUCCCAGCGAAGCUUGGGGUCACUGGCAUGUAAAAGGAUCCCAGCUCCAGAGGUUCAGGGAUGUGGGCAGGGCGUACGGAUUCCACAUCUCUGAGUCCUUUACAGAUGCGGGGAAGAAUGGCUGGAAAGCUGCCUGGAGGAGAAGGACCUGGGGGUGUUGGUUGCAGGCGACUGAACAUGAGCCAGCAGUGUGCCCAGGUGGCCAAGAAGGCCAAUGGUAUCUUGGUUUGUAUCAGAAACGGUGUGACCAGCAGGUCCAGGGAGGUUAUUCUGCCCCUGGACUCAGCACUGGUGAGACCGCACUUCGAAUACUGUGUUCGGUUCUGGGCCCCUCACCACAAGAAGGAUGUUGAGGCUCUGGAGUGUGUCCAGAGAAGAGCAGUGAAGCUGGUGAUGGGGCUGGAGAACAAGUCUUACGAGGAGCAGCUGAGAGAGCUGGGGUUAUUUAGCCUGGAGAAGAGGAGGCUGAGAGGAAACCUUAUUGCUCUCUACAACUAUCUGAAAAGAGGUUGUAGAGAGGAGGGUGCUGACCUCUUCUCCCAAUUGAUAGGGUACAGGACAAGGGGGAAUGGCCUCAAGAUGCGCCAGGGCAUGUUCAGUCUGGAUAUCAGAAAGAAAAUUUUCAUAGAAAGGGUCAUUGGGCACUGGAACAGGCUGCCCAGGGAGGUGGUUGAGUGCCCAUCCCUGGAGGUAUUUAAAAGAUGUGUAGAUGAGGUGCUCAGGGACAUGAUUUAGUGGCAGAUAGGAAUGGCUGGACUCAUGAUCCAAGAGGUCUUUUCUAGCUUGGUGAUUCUAUGAUUUAAUGCUGCCAAGAGAGUUUUCAUUUGCAACAAAUAAAUGCAAGCAACUUGUAAAUAUAUACUUAUUAAUUUGUGUAUUUUUUUCUUCACUUGCUUACACUUGCCUGUAGAACUACUAAGGUAUAUUCCUGUAGUGCUUGUUUUCCUGCAGUAAUUUCCUUAAGGAACACUGGCAGUCAAUGAAGCAGGAGCCGAUGACAUACCGCACAGCAUCACAGACCCUACACAACCGAAACUGUUGGAGUGACAGAAACACAUGGAUAUUUGUAGUUCUUCAAGACUUGUCUGCUUGGCUUGCAAAUUUGUGAUUCCCGAUUAAAACCAAAAUAUAGUUUCAUUUCUCUGACUUCACCAGUGUCCUGAGAUACACGUGGCAACAAUAAAGACAGGGACAAAGUUUCAACCUUCCAAAUCUUGAUAUCAGAGCUGUCAGGCUUUUGAGGGGUCCAGGCUCCCAGUGUCUUAAAAUAUCUAA